AUGGAUCCAAACUCUGCCGUCUACGCUACUGACGAGUAUGGACGACCUUUCAUUAUUGUUCGCGAACAAGCGAAGAAAACACGUACUCAUGGCAUCGAGGCUAUCAAGUCGCAUAUUCUCGCUGCACGUACAGUAGCGAACAUCAUCCGGACAUCGCUGGGACCGCGAGGCUUGGACAAAAUUCUGAUAUCACCCGACGGUGAGAUUACGGUAACUAACGAUGGCGCUACGAUCCUUGGUCAAAUGGAAGUCGAGCAUCAGAUCGCCAAGCUCCUUGUUCAGCUGUCAAAAAGUCAAGAUGAUGAGAUCGGGGAUGGGACGACUGGUGUCGUUGUACUUGCUGGUGCUCUUCUGGAACAGAGUGAAGCCCUUUUGGACCGAGGGAUCCACCCCAUCCGAAUUGCAGAUGGUUUUGAACGUGCAUGUGCAGUUGCCGUUGAGCACCUGGAAAGCAUCUCCGACCGCAUCGAGUUCUCAAAGGAAAGCACAGACAAUCUUCUCAAAACAGCAAUGACCAGUCUCGGAAGCAAGAUUGUAUCAAAAGAACACCAACAGUUCGCACAAAUUGCAGUAGACGCAGUGCUAGCAGUCGCCGAUCUUGAGCGACGCGACGUGCCGUUCGACAUGAUCAAAGUCGACGGCAAAGUGGGCGGAUCGCUUGCAGACACCACACUCAUUCGCGGUGUCCUCAUCGACAAGGACAUGUCACACCCCCAAAUGCCACGUACAGUCAAAGACGCGCGUUUAGCCAUCCUGACAUGCCCCUUCGAGCCCCCUCGCCCCAAGACGAAGCACAAGCUUGAUAUCACCAGUGUGGAGGAGUAUAAGAAACUCAGGGAGUACGAGAAAGAGAAGUUUGCGGACAUGAUCAAGCGAGUGAAGGAUACUGGCGCGAAUUUAGUCAUCUGUCAAUGGGGCUUUGAUGAUGAGGCCAACCAUUUGUUGAUGCAGAACGAAUUGCCCUCUGUGAGAUGGGUUGGAGGCCCAGAAAUCGAGCUCAUCGCCAUUGCGACACAUGGGCGAAUCGUUCCCCGCUUUGAAGACCUCACCAAAGAGAAGCUGGGCAAAGCGGGCAUUGUACGAGAAAUUUCGUUCGGUACAACUCGCGAUAAGAUGCUCGUCAUUGAAGAAUGUGCAAACACGCGUGCUGUUACCAUCUUUGUGCGCGGAAGCAACAAAAUGAUCGUCGAUGAGGCCAAACGUGCACUCCACGACGCCAUUUGUGUCGUUCGCAACAUGAUCGUGGAUAACCGCAUCGUAUAUGGAGGUGGAUCAGCGGACAUCAGCUGCGCAAUUGCUGUUUCAAAAGCCGCUGAUGAGAUUCCCUCUAUCGAACAAUACGCGAUGCGAGCCUUUUCCUCCGCACUCGACGCUGUCCCUCUCGCUCUGGCAGAAAAUAGCGGUCUUUCGCCGAUAGAAAACCUCACAGAGGUUCGCAGCCGGCAGAUCACGGAGAAGAAUUCACGGUUGGGCAUUGAUUGUAAUGGACGAGGGGAAAAUGAUAUGAAGAAGCAGUCUGUGUACGAUCCCCUCAUCUCAAAGCGGCAGCAGUACCUCCUUGCAACACAGCUGGUUCGCGCCGUGCUCAAAAUUGAUGAUGUGAUAACAGCAGGACAAUCUGAUGAUUAG